UCUUACACCACUUAUCCAUUAUAUCCUCCUAUCUUUACCCUUUGUCUUGUCUUCUAUUUCAUUUUGUUUUUCUCUCCUUUUUUUUUUUUCUUUUUGAUUCCUGUCCUUUUAACUGUGUUUUCUUUUUCUUGUUUUCGUUGUAUCUUGGUGGUGAUAAUUUUUGUGGGUGUAGAGUUCAAGUGGUUUUAUGUUAUUUGCUGUGUUGUUUAUGCAUGUGGAGUUUGAGAUCAUGGUGAGGUGAUGACUGUUAAAUGAUAUUGGGACAGGGGAAGACAGACGGUCGAGAGAGUGGUUUACUAUUCUUCGGUUUUUUUAUAUCGUUUUUGGAUUUGGAUAUAUCACCUCUUUGAGCCUUUUAAAGAUGAUAGCUAAUCGAUAAUCUGAAAAGCCAGCAAAAAGAAUCUUUGCUUCCUUAAGGAUUUUUCUUCGAAUUCAUGACAUAUUGAUAAACUAGAUGGCGGUACCAAUUCAAAACUUGCCCGAGAAAAAUUUUGGUCAAGUGCCCUUUGCUUUUAAUUGCCCCUCCUGGUGGUACUCAAAUGAACAACAAAAUCCAGUGUCUGUAUCCAGAAAUAUAAGCUUUAAAGUAAAACCUCCACACCAACUUUAUCGUGAAGGACAGAAUCUAGGUCUUCAACUUCCUGACCAGGAAUCAUCUUCAUGUCAAUCCAUUGGUAAAUCUCACAAUGAAGUGGGUGCCAUGGGGGAGAGCAAUUCUCAAGAUCAAUGCAUUUCAUCUGAAUCUGGUCAAGAUGAAAAUUGUACAAAAGGUGUAGGCGGCAGAAUGAAGCCAGUUUUCUUGUUUAGUACUCCAGAAAUUGCACUCAACCCUUCACAAGUUGAUAAUUGUUAUUCAAUGGCUCGUGCUCCAUUUCCCCAUGCUGAUAAUUACUUUGGUGGAUUGUUUACCCCUUAUGGACCGCAGACUAUUAUUCAGCCCCAGCUUGGUUCUCAGAUGGUGGGGAUGACAUCAGCACGUGUCCCAUUGCCCCUUGAUCUUGCUGAUGAUGGACCAAUUUAUGUUAAUGCAAAGCAAUACCAUGGAAUUCUCAGGAGGAGACAGUCACGUGCAAAGCUAGAGGCACAAAACAAGCUUGUCAAAAGCCGAAAGCCAUAUCUUCAUGAGUCUCGACAUCUGCAUGCAUUAAAUAGGGUUAGGGGGUCAGGUGGACGCUUUCUCAGCACAAAAAGGUCCCAACAGCCUGAUCCAACUUCCACUAGUUGCACGCAUGGUGUUUCAGAUACAAUCAGCUUUCAUCAAAAGAAUGAGAUGUCAGAACGUGAAAUGUGUGUCUCAAGAGCUGGCCAAUCGGGUGCUUCAAACACAACCCGCUCUGAUAUCACCAGUGUCUCCAGCAGUGACCUUAUUUUUAGGCAGCCAGAUCGCCGAUUCUCAGGUAUGUCUACCCACAUUGGUGGAGGCAUGCAAACAAGUGGGGGCCUUAUAUGCAGUGGAACCUAGAGCUGCUUUCAAUUGUCCGGUCAUGAUGUGGCCUGGCCGGGCGGGCAAUUCAUCCUUGGCUUUGUCUAAUCACUUCCUACGUGGUUACAAAUUUGUUAUGAAAGAGUGCAUCAAAAAGACUUGUGGUGUGCUGUAUUAGUUAUGUUAAGCAUGAGUGAAGAAGGUUUGCAGACCCAUCAGUUUACUACUCUUUAAUUGUUAUUAGUACUUGGUUGUUAUUUUAACAAGAAGUCUUUUUUAAGUCUACGAGUCACCUUGCUUUUCUUUUUAAUUGUUAUUAUUAUUACUUAGUUGUUUCCAUUUU